UAGCAAUUAAAUAUCGUCACGUUCAAACACGCGUAAUAUAAUGCAAUACGCUGUGGACCAAGUCCAGAAGAGCCUUAACAAAAACAAAACCAUUAUUAGCGAGAGCAGGGAAUAGAAGAACUUCUACGAUCAACUGAACGACCGACUCGCCGACGACGGGUAUACAAACAGUGCUAACGACAAACGAAGCAACGAAGACGACGCACGGCCAUAAACUUCACGUCACGAUUUUUUUUGCACGUUCUCCUGAGAGGAUGCAACAGUUUUAUCGAUGCCGCAGGCUAUGCCAUCAGCGAAGCUCCAACAGAUAGCAUUUAAUUCAUCCUCAUCGUCAUCGUUCUUCUAUGAGCGGACGGGUAAACGGCGGCGGCGACUGCAAUUAGCAUAUCACCCAUUGUGGAUCACCUGCAUCGCCACCAUCACCCCGACAGGGAUAUCAUCAGGGCCCUACUAACUACAUAACAUAUAAACUGGGUGCAAAAAAACAAUAAGGAAGAACUCCAGAAAAAUACUGCUGUAUCCGCUGCACUGCACUGGCUGCUGGCCCAAUGCAUCAUUGGCGUUAUGCUAGAAUGUUACCACGUUCAAUUAUUUACCGCUCGGCCCUGAUUCUGAUGAUUAUCGCAUCGAAAUUAAACUGCCAACUGGCAAUACCGACGCCGGGCAUCAUCAAUGUGCCACCGCUAGCCGAUUCGGUUAGAAAAGUAAAUGGCGGAGGUGGUGGCGGUGGUGGCAGUGGCGGUAUUGGCCAUCAUGGUCUUGGAAGUACCAACAUUGCAUCAGGAGAUGUUGCCGAUGAGCCGAUGUCUGGCCAAGUCAUCAAUUUGACUAGACAACAUGAUGGCGAUGUUUUCCGUACAAAUGGCAUGUCAACUUGUAACAUGGACACUUGCGUGGGGCUAUCUAGUGGAACGGCAGGACUUUUUGUAGCUGGUAAUGAUAAAAAUGAUUUACGACUUGACAAAAAUAAGGAUCCACAAGGAACCUGUGAUUGUCGAUGUUUACCAUAUUUGCAGACCUACCGUGAAGAUUUAGAAAUAUGCGUCGAUGAUAUACAUGAAUGCACCUUGUCGCCUUUUGUCAGUGGUUCAUCUUCGGAGAAAAUUCCAUUUGUAUUUUUACCAUUGCGAGGCCAAAUCAUUUAUCCAAGUAGAGAAAUCAGUUUUUCAGAUAUACGAACACCAGUUUGUGCAGUGACUGGAGCACAAUACUUGACAAAGACUGGUUGGGCUGAUUUGAGGAAUCCUAUUGACACAGACUAUCCAUUUCGGAUGUUUCGUGAUGAAGGAAGAACUUUUUUACAGUGGCUUGGUGAAUCCGAUCUCCGCCAAAAAAUGCAAGGUCGACUAAUUGUAGUCCACAUAAUGUGCAGAGACAUGACGAUCUCGAAAAAUGGUACAAAAGACCUAGGAAACCCUCCGAAGAAUGUCUUCUCGCCAUGUGUUGCAUUUCGUGUCAAUGGAAGUCCAGUUAAAUAUUCCCAUAACGUCUCUGAGGUACUAUUUCAAUCGGAAGCUACAUCAACCCUCGCCUCAACAUCAGAUGGCAUGAGCACUAAAGAGUACAUUGUCAUUGGUGUAUGCAGUCUACUUCUGGGACUGAUUUACGUGUCGUCUGUAUUUUUAUACUUGCACAUGAAAAAGCGCAAAACUCAAGCCCAAGAGUUACGCAGCAGUUUGAACGAUCUCGCCAACGAGAUCAAUUACCCGAAGAAUGAUCAAGUAACUUUUGGUGCUCCAUUUCAUCGUAAUGGCAGUGUAUAUUCUGCAGCUAGUUUAAGUCCGGAGCACCGCUUGAAUGGUGGACAUAUCAAGGAGGAAAUGGGUAUUGUGAAGAAUAACCCACUAUUGCAACAUUUUCCCAAUCUCAGCGAUCAUCAUUCGGGUUUCACGAGUGACAUUUCCAAUUCGAAUUCUGAAUGUGAGGAUGUUCAUGAUAAGAUCAAGCAGAUGCAAGCAUCCGUACAUGUCCAUAAUAAUGGAGCAGGUGGUAGUAAUGGCAACGAUACGGUUGAUUCUGGAAUAGAUCCAUCAGCAUCGCCAACGCAGGAAAACGAAUGUCUUCCUGAGGAAAAUGUAUCCAUUACCGAGGACAUGAUGAACGAUGAAAAGAUGGAAAAUAUGAAGGCAAUCGUUAAUGGAACAAUACGAAAGAAGCUCUACUUCAAUCCGGCGUAUUUCGAACCACAUUUACUUCAGUCGCCACCCCCAGCUGCCAUAGAGUUUUUGACAAAAAUCCGGGAAGUCAUAGCCAUUGCUAAGUACAAAAUGGCUACCAAACGGUAUCAACCCUCACUGAUUAUGAUCCCCGAGGAGUUCCCGCUUAGGACACCUUCACAAACCGGCUCCUCGCACGUUCACUAUAGUGGAACGUAUGGAUCGUCGACGGAAUGUCAGGGAUGUGCCACAAAUCGCUGCAGUGGUCACGUGAAAAACUGUGGGGACAAGCGAAACAGUAUUGAAAAAUGGCUCGAAACGGUCCCACAUAGUGACAACGAGGACACAAAGCGACCGAGUCCUGUUGGUCGUUCGAGUCCCGGUGAUCGAUCGAGUCCCGCUGAUCGAUCAAGUCCUGGUGAUCGUCCGACUCCUAACGAGCGUCCAACUCCUGGUGAUCGUCCGAAGAAUCGCAAAACAAGUCCACCAAAGGUGCUUAGUGCUCCUAAGCAAAGACCUCCGCCUCCUCCUGUUUCGGCUAAUGGAACACCAAAGAUCAUUUCUCACUCCCUCAAGCCAAAUGUCAACACUGUCGCGAUCAGCAUAAAUUCAACCUCACCACCACCAACUCCAACAACACCCUCGGCCACGAUCACAAUCACAAAGAAGAAUAAUGACAAUAUCUAUGCCUUUGCUGAAACCGGUGGUGAAAUCUACAACAAUCCCAAGUUCAGUCUUCAAGACUCCCCACCACCAUCCCAGAAAAGUCGGAACUCUCCAAACCGAUCGAAGACACCUACCAAAGUCACUGAUCAGUAUGCACCACCGAGUGAUCGGAAGCACUAUGAGAUGCUGCGGAAUAUGAAGAGGAUGCCGGACAUGGUCUAUGAGGCCUUAGCCAAGGACUAUUCCAGGGGAAGCUUCUCGAAGACGAACGGAUAUAAUCUGGACAUUCCAACACCUGACUAUGACAGUACAAUGGAGAAGAAGAUCAAGGAUAUCUACAACUCUACUCAAAGUACUGUGCCCUCUGUUCCAACUCCUGAUUACAGUACGUUGAGCAAAAAGUCCCUGAGGCAAUGUCAACCUGACUCACCAGUGUAUCGAAGAAGAUCACCUCAAUACCUAAUAGUUGACUACGAAACUGACAGUCUUGAGAGACUGGACACAAAGCGAAAGUCAUCGAAUUCUUCUUCGUCGCCAUCGUCCGAUGUCAGCUCACAACUCAGUCCAAGCCUGAGUACAGCCCUGCCGUUGGAAGAAGAAGUAGAGAUCAGACACACGAUCUACGACAAGAUCGAUGGAUUCCGGAAGGAUGGUGACUCCAACAUAAAGAAGAAGGUUGCGAAGCCAAUUUUACCCCCGACACAGAAGGAAAUCGCUGCCCGGAUAAAGUAUGAUACACCAUUUAGAGGGAGCAUGACAAUCGAAGUGGAACACGAACCGCAAAGUGAUCUGGAACUAUCAACAGACAGCGAUCAAUUCGAACCGGAUACGCUGGACCGCAAGAUGAAGAAGCACAGUUUUUGCGAUGUAAAUGCUUGGUCAGAGCAUCUGAAUAAAUCACGGAACUUUGUGAACUCCCUCGAUGGAAAGGUAAGCUAUUCCUCCCUAGAGAAUAUGACAACUCUGACAGAUAUCGAAUCUAGCGAGCAUCGAACAAACAACUACAUCCUCCGAUCGAGUAAUUCCUUCCGAGUAAGUGCGGAAACCCCUAAAAUUCUCACUGAGACUCCCAAAACUCCAACUCCAGAAGAGGUUCCCAGAAAGAGCACACUAGAGGCUCGACCGUCUUUUGGAAGCCUUCGAGAGAUCUACCAAUCCAAGGUGAUCGGUUCAAAUAACAACCGGCCCAAGCUCACAAACAUUAGUUUCACCGAUCAGGGUCGGAUUUUGACACUCGAAGCCAAGCACUGCCGCAGGCAACGAGUGAUCCCUCUUGAAGAUAAAUGUGCCAUGCCACCAGACAUUAUUCCUGAUGGUACAAACAACAACGAACAACAAACAGACUCCUACGAAGAGAAUCAGUCAAAAAACCCCAAGGGUUGGAACACCAAUAAUUUCAGUGGAACAAAUAUAAAAAAGCCACUACCUCCACCAAAGUAUGUUAAUGGAGAUGCCAGUUUCCACGACAAAAAUAACAACAACAACAACAACUGCAACAACAACAACAAUAACGACGACGACAACGAUGACAAUCAAGAUGAUGAACAAGAAUCGACGAGCAAUCAUAGUGAGUCUACGGAAGUUACUGGUGUUUCGGAUACCCAGGCAAAUAAUUCGGAAGUAGAGGACUAUAAAUCGUCCGAGAGGAAGAAACCAACGAAUGCAACUACUAUGAGCCAAAAUACGAAAAAGAAGCAGAAGAGUAAACUGAAUCAGGAGCAGGAGUACAGUGCCAUGUAUGAGUCCAAGUUGAACGGUGUUCGAACGGAUUAUAGUCUGAACAAAUACUUGAAUCGCAAGAAAUCUCACAUUGGUGAAUCGGAAGAUGUCGAAGAAGAAAGUGAUCAUCGAACAGAAGGUGCAAAGUCUCCCGACGACCCGAAUAAGGUUGAGAUCCUCUCGAUCAGUUCACUCUCCAGUCGCUUGUCAGAUCGCACCAAAGAGAUGUACAGAAAUGCUGGAGUUCCAGUUGGCAUUGCCUAUCCACAACGGAAUGGAACAAAUGUCCAAACAGUCUAUCGCUGUGAAGUGCCACCGAUCUCUAAUGGAAUGCAGAUUGCCAUGGGUCUAAAGGAUCGUGCCAAAAAGACGAAGGACCUGAAGAACGCCUGGAAGAAGUUCGUCAGCAUGGCAGCAUCAAAAUUCAGCCCCACCAGUAGUCUCUCGCAGAUUGACAAAACUGCUGCUUUCUUGGAAUCUACUGACAAAGACGAUGGCAUUUCAUCGCUGAUCGACGAUCACACAAAGGUUGGCAGUGUCAAGAGUAGCUCUUCAGCCCCACAAAGCUAUUCUAACUACUAUGAACAACGAUAUGGCCACAAACUGACCGACUUGGACAGUGGCUAUAUGAGUGCUGAUUCCAGCGAUGUUUACAACCGACGAUUCUACGAUAGAUACAACUUCAAGAUGUUAAGCGGGCGAGAUAGAGUGAUACGGGUGGAUACAAUUGAAGAUAACUCUGACACGCACAGCAGUGAUGGAAAUGCCGGAAUUUCAGACAAUAAUCCAACCCUUGAGAGGGUUAGAUCAUCGGACAACAAUGAUGACCGCGAGAAAGACGACGGUGAUGACUCAGAUCGGACUCUGACGCGCAGCAUUGGUCGAAGAUCUUCAAGGAAAAUGGUACCGAUAAGUGUUUAUUCGUCAGACGAUGAAGAUCGUUCGCAAAGUCGAGCGUCUUACAUUUCACAAACCGAAACGGAAGAAGAAGGUGAACCGUAUGCGGAUGAUGCAUGUGAAUCAGGAGCGGAGAGUGUGGAAACACACUCGAUUUUAAAACUAAAACGAAAAUGUGAUAUUUUUCCGUUGUCUCGGCCGGAAGUGCAAUCUUAGUUUUUAAGCCAAAAAUGGGUAAGAAGAUGUGCUACGAUCAUAAAUCAAGCCUUUAACCUACACUGCCCAUUGGUGCAAUAACAGUUAAGUAAUAUUGUUUAGUUUAUAUUUUUUUGUAUAAUAUUUUAUUAAAAAUAAUUAAUUUUAGCUCAAAUUCAGCUAAAACAUCCAAAUAAUGACUAUAUUUUUAAUUUUGUAAAGAAAUUAGAAAAUAAUUAAUAUUAAUAACAUUAAUAUAUUAAUUAAUUUAA